AUGAGAAAAAACGGAAAGCUGCUCUGGGUCAUUUACUACGUCGACGAGGAUGAUCCUUCGAGAGAUAGACAAUAUCUCUUUGAGACUGACGAGGUUGUAUGCUACAAGUUGUUCCGUGGCAAAAUUGAACAGUUUUUGGGUGGUCCUAUUAUUGAUAUAACAUAUUAUCGUGGACACCGCAUGCCUAAAGUUGUUGUGGACGAUGACAUUUCCAUGGCACUGGCAAUGGAUUUUUUCACUAUGCAAGCCAUACAGACAGGAAGAACACGAAAGGCCAGAUUCAUUGCAACAUAUCAAAAAUCCAGCUCAUUCAAGUACUGA